AUGUCCGACGAGGAGGAAUACUCUGAGGAGGAGAUCGAGGAUGAGGAGGCCGAGGCCGCUGAAGAGAAAGUUGAGGAGGCAGCCCCAGAAGCCGAUGAGACUGAAGAAGUCGAGGAAGCUGAAGAAGCCCCUGCUGAUGAACCACCAGCAAGUCCAAAGAAACCAGUGGUACAUCAAAAGACACCAGAACCGGCUGAGAUGACUGAGGCCGAGAAGGCUAUGUUGGCAGCUAAGAAAAGACAUGAAGAGGAAGAGGCUGCCAAGUUGCUCGAUUAUGAGGAGAGACGCAAGAUCGAGAAAGCCCAAAUGGAUGCUGAACUUAAAGAGCUCCGAGAGAAGCAAGAAGUCCGUCGUGCCGAACGUCAACAAGAAGAGGCUGAGUAUGAGGAGAGACGUCGUACUGCUGAGGAGAAGAGAAGGAAAGAGGAAGAAGACCGUAAAGCCAAGAGUGAGGCAGAGAAACGAGCCAAGUACGAUGAGAAGCAGAGACGUCAAACGAUGAUGGCUGGAGCUUUCAAUGCUGCUGCCGCUUCUGGAGGUGGAAAGAAUUUCACCGUUCAAAAGGGCGAAGGUGGACCCGCAAACUUGGCCGGUGGAGCUCGUAAAGAGGAGGUGAGCGCCGAGCAACGCCAAGCCGCCAAGCAAGCUUUCUUGGAUGCUGUUUGCAGAAAUAUUGAUAUUUCUGGACUUCUCCCUAAUGAUCUAAAGGAGAAGAUCAAGCAUCUUCACAAAAGAGCCUGCAAAUUGGAGGCUGAGAAGUACGAUUUGGAGAAGAGACACGAGAGACAGGAAUACGAUCUCAAAGAACUCUCCGAAAGACAAAGACAGGUUGCCCGUCAAAAGGCUAUCAAGAUGGGCCUUGAUCCCAACGAGGCCGCCAACUCCAUCCAUCCACCAAAGCUCCAGGUGGCUUCCAAGUUCGACAGACAAACUGAUCGUCGAACAUAUAAGGACAAAUAUACUCUCUUCGAGAAUCCUUCCGUUCAAAAACCGAAAACUUUGGCUCGUGGAACUGCCCGCCCGCCACCAGAAUGGGGACGUCGUGACAAUGAUGAGUUGGAACAGAUCCGAAAGAACUUGGAGCCUCCAAAGUACGUGGAACAGGUGAAAGCCGAGGGAGACGCGGCUCGUCCGCCCGUUGCCCCAAUCCCUCUCUCAUUGCCCGACAAAGAUGAAGAGGAUGUCCCUGUUGCUGCCGCUCAAACCGAUGAAGAGCCAGCUCCCGCCACUGAGGAUGCUUCCGAACAAGUGGAAAUUGCCGCU